CAUUCAUCUCCAGGAGCUUGAAGGCACUCCGACAGCGGUAACUCUCCACCUUUGCUGCCUUCACAAACGGGUCCUUUAGGUGUCGCAUCAGCCACAGGUGCUCAGUGCCCGUCCGGCUCUUGUAGUGUGGCACAGCAGUAUGGAACCCCUGACCCUGAAGGGGACCCCACGCCCACUUCAGGCACCUGACAGAGAGAGGAUUCAGCAGAUAGGUGACAUACAGAGGACCCAGGAGACUAUGGACGCAUCCAGGCUCUACACCCUGGUGCUGGUGCUGCAACCUCAGCAGGUUCUCUUGGGCAUGAAGAAACGGGGCUUUGGUGCUGGCCGCUGGAACGGCUUCGGGGGCAAAGUGCAGGAAGGAGAGACCAUUGAGGAUGCGGCCAAAAGGGAGCUGCUGGAAGAGAGCAGUCUGACGGUGGAUGCACUGUACAAGGUGGGCCACAUCGUAUUUGAGUUUGUGGGUGUCCCUGAGCUGAUGGACGUUCAUAUCUUCUAUACUGACCUUGUACACGGGACACCCAGAGAGAGUGAAGAAAUGUGCCCUCAGUGGUUCCAGCUGGACCAGAUCCCCUUUGAGCACAUGUGGCCUGAUGACAGCUACUGGUUCCCACUCCUGCUUCAGAAGAAGAAGUUCCAGGGGUACUUCAAGUUCCAGGAUCAAGACACAAUUCUAGAACAUUCACUGCAUGAGGUGGAUGAACUCUAGCACAGGGACCUGUCUGGUCCCACCUGGGGACUGAGGUUGCUGCACAGCUGCUGGCCAUGGUGUUCAGGGCAGCACAAGAAGGGGGAGGUGUUUUCUGUUUGGAAGGUGUUGGAGUUGCACCUUUAAAUACUUGGUCCCCAAAAUGGUGCUGUUUGGGAAUGUGGUGGUAUCUUUAGGACUGAGUCACUAGGGGUGGGCCUUGAGGUUUUAUAGCUAGGCACCUGUCCUCUCUGCUCUCUGCUACCUGAGGAGCUGUGACCUUAUCUGCCAUGAUGGACUGUAGCCCCUGGAUCUAUGAGCCAAAAUAAACUCUUGUUCUCCUAAAUUGCUAUUUGACUGUAGCAUCAAGAGCAGUAAUGGGCAGAUGUGGAUGCUGGGAAAUGAACCUCAGUCCUCUGCAAGAGCAGUAAGGGCUCUUAACCACU